UGCGAAACUGCUCACGAAUUUGCCAAUGCGCCCCCGGAAAGGCGGUGGGAGCGAGUUCCGCAGCAUCGUGGUGGCGGCGCCCCGCGCCAAGGCCUCGCUCCCGCGCCCCCCACACACUGACGCGACGAAAAAGCCCCCCGCGCGAUCACCGUCGCCGACCCGCCACUCAAGCUUGAACGUUGAGCAAGUGCUAGAGAAGCAGCUGCUCUCGUCGGCACCCCCCGUCGCCAGCGCCACCAUCGACGAGACCUUUCGCCGUCUCCACUUUUAUCGGUAUCUGGCCUCACUACGGCUGGACGAUGCGUCACUGCAAGACACGGCGCGCGUGACCAUGAUGCUGCAGGAGACGCUGUAUGAAGCGUUUGGCGUCCUUGGUGCUGAUUGUCUUGUGGUCUACAUGGUGACCGACAUGUACUUGCACGUGCGCGCGACAACGUCACGGGACCUCCUCGAAACCAACCACAGCUUGGUGCAAAGUCUGCCGGGGGAGCUCCUCCUCCAACGGGGGGCGCCCGACGACCCGUCCCCCGUCUUUGUUCUCAACGUCCAGCGACAUGCGGCGUACAACGUUGCUUCCGACGUCGAUGGGCGUCUCGGCACGCGCACCCACAGCUACCUCGCGUACCCCAUCUUGGUCCGCGGUGUCCUCGCAGCGGUCGUCGAGCUGCGCUGCUAUAAGGAACACUACUUUUGUCCCGUGCUAUUACCGCCCUUCAUUGGCGCGAUUGGCAACUUGUUGCAAGGUCGUCGCAAAGACGCCUGCGCGUCGCCGACGCUUCGUCCGAACGCGCUUCACAUCACAAAGCUCGUCCAGGCGCCGCCCCCCAAUGCCAAUGCCGCUUUAGCGCAAGCGCUGCGCGGCGUCGUCCAGCUCGUCGGCGCCGAGACCGCGUGGGUCUUUCAAAUCACGACGGCGUCCGAGCGUAUUUUGCAGACCGCGGCGAGCUCUGGUGCGACGGAGGUCCGCCUCUUUCCGCAGCCAAAAGGGCCGAAUUUUGCGCAGCUCACGUUGCUUCUCUCGCGUGUCGGGCCCGUGGCCGCGCACAGCGACCUCGCACUCGUGCAGACGCUCGUCGGCGAUGCGGUGGCGGUAGUGUCAGCCGCCGUCGUUGCGAUCCCGUCGGUGACGGCCGACUACUACAGCGUGCUCUGCGUUUCGACGUCGGCGCCGUCGCUGGCGUGCGAGCCCAAUGUGUUCAAGCUCGUGCGUGCCAUCAUGGUCAGCGGGUGCGAGAUCGACAAGCUCACGUCCGACGUUGGUUUUCUCUCGCACCAAAAGCAGCUGCUCAUCAAAUUCCUUGAGCUCACGAACGACGUGUGGAUGACGUCGGACGGCGGACGCAAGAUGCAGCUCAUUUGUGCGGCCGGCACCGCCUUCUUUGCCACCAAGGACUUUCGGCUCUACGUCUGCGACCGCGUGCACCAAGAGCUCUGGAGCUUCAACGGCAGCGGCAUCUCGAGUGGGAAGCACGUGCCCUUUGGCGACGGUGUUGUCGGCGCGAUUGUCGAGACAAAGGCGACGCGGUGGUACCUAGACGUCCGUGUCGACGAGAUGGGCGCGGUCACCGAGUACGCCCCCGGCACGGGUUCGCAUGCGUGCCUGGUCGUCCCGAUCUGCAAUUCCCGGGGGGACGUGGUCGCGGUGAGCCAAGCGUUGCACAAGACGUCGGCGACGACGCUGCACGCCGACCUCCGCCACGUGCAAGCGUACGACACUUUGUUUUUGCUCGUGUUUGCAUCGGCGAUGGGCCACAUCAUUGAGAAGAACCCGGCGCUGCUCAUGUUUGCCAAAGUCCACGCGGACCGGGAGCGCGUCUCGCGGCUACACCACGAACACGCGAUGGCCAAGCAACACGAACGCAUUCGCUCGCUUCUCCAAGCGAGCGGCCUCGAGACUCUCACAUCCAACGAGUUUGCUACGUUUCACGCCGUCAAGAGUGCAGCAAGCAAGCUCGCGCGCACCAAGCUCAAGGGCAGUGUCUCGAUGGCCGAGUUGGGACCCCAUGCCGAUCGGUUCUUAACACCGUCCCCCGCCUUGCUCCAGAUCGACAUCAACGUUUUUGAAAAGACGUUUCUGGAGCUCAAGGCGCUCGUCGUUGCUAUGUUUUCCAGCUACCGACUUCUCGACACCUUUCGCAUCGACGUCGCUGGGUUCAAAACGUUUUUGGACGCGCUGCAACUCGGAUACCGCGAGCUGCCGUACCAUAGCUUUUACCAUGCGUUUAGCGUGACGCACUUGACCUACUUUUUGCUCGCGGCCGACCGCCUACCGGACGUUAAUGAGCUGGAUGCACUCGGCGUGCUCCUCGCCGCGCUUGGCCACGACCUUGGCCACCCCGGCAACGACAACGCGUUUGAAGUUGCCACGUCGUCGGAGCUCGCGAUCCGCUACAAUGAUAUUUCGGUGCUCGAGUCGCACUCGAUUGCGCUUCUCUUUGGCCUCUUGCGCGACCCAUGCUGCAAUGUGCUCGGGUCGCUCGAUGCCUCCCAGUACGCUACGCUGCGCCAGUGCAUUAUCCAGUGCAUUCUCCACACAGACAUCAAGUACCACGCGGAGCUAGUGAGUGCCAUGACCGAGAAGGCCGACCCAAAGCUCCUCCGCGCGUCGUCGAAUGGAAAACAGUUGUACCUCAACUGGAUCCUGCACACGAGCGACCUCGGCAACUCGACGCUAUCGCCCUCCACGUCCUUGCUCUGGAUGGAACGGGUCUGCGCCGAAUUUGCCGAUCAAGCCCAGCGCAUGCACGAUCUCGGGUUGCCCGCACCGCCACAUUACGCGCACAUGGAGAACCCAGUAGCACUUUUCGUUGUACACACCCGUGCGAUAGAUCCACAUAGCAAAUGCGGGAUGUCCUCCAAGUCAACUUUCUCGACUUUGUCGUUUUGCCGCUCUGGACGCUCACGAGCCAACUCGUGCCCCACGCCAAGCCCCUUCUCGACCAGAUCCAAGCCAAUCGAGACUACUUCGCCGCACGGAGCCGCGACGAGGUGAGCGACAAGCCGCUCACAAAGCGCCAUGGCUAAGCAAUAACCACGUUUGUACGAUUGAAGUUUUUGGUCGAAAGAAAUGC